AUGUCUUUAUAUGAGAAAACAUCUACAGCAGAUUUGAUGGAGAAUCUCAGGGAAGAACUGACCUGUUUCAUCUGCCUGAACUAUUUCACCAACCCAGUGACCACUGAGUGUGGGCACAGCUUUUGUCUGAUGUGUCUCCUGAAGAGCUGGGAGGAAUAUAACACUACUUUGUCUUGUCCUGAGUGCUGGAGGACGUUGGAGACCCCUCAUUUCCAGCCCAAUGAGCGUUUGGGGAGGCUGGCUGGCAUUGGCAAGCAACUCAGAUCCCAGGUGCUGCAGAGUGAGGACGAGCAAGGCAGCUAUGGGAAGAUGCUGGCGGCCGCCAAGGUGUUCUCUGAUGAGAAGCAGGGUGUAAACGCUUUCUCAACCCAUUGCCAUGGAAUAAACAGGGUCUAUGUCUCGAGUGAGGCUGAGGAGCAUCACAGAGAGAAGCUCCAGGAAAUCCUAACUCUUUUGCGUAAAAAGAAGAAGGAAACUCAGAUUAUAUUAACGCAUGAGAAGGAGAGAGUGAUAUUGUGUAAGGAAGAGACAAAGACCUGUAAACAGGUUGUUGUGUCGGAAUAUGUAAAAAUGCACCAGUUCCUGAAGGAGGAAGAGCAUCUGCAGCUCCAGUUACUGGAAAAGGAGGAAAGAGGGAACAUGAAGAAACUGAGGGACAAUGAGAUCCAACUGACCCAGCAACUCAGAAGCCUAAGCAAAAUGAUCCAACGGAUAGAGUCUGUGUGUCAGAACCCCAUUAUAGAAUCUUUUGAGGAUGUGAGGGGCACACUGGAAAGGAGUGAGCCACUCUUGCUUCAGUGUCCAGAGGCCACCAUCACAGAGCUGAGUCUGUGCCGCAUCACUGGAAUGAGGGAGAUGCUAAGAAAAUUCAGCACAGAUAUAACUCUGGAUCCAGACACAGCCAAUGCCUAUCUUGUCCUAUCUGAAGAUCUGAAAAGUGUGAGACAUGGAGGAACCCGACAGCUGUUACCCGACAACCCGGAAAGAUUCGACAAGUCUGCAACUGUGUUGGGGGCUCAGAUCUUCACAUGUGGGAGACAUUAUUGGGAGGUGGAAGUGGGAAACAAGACUGAAUGGGAAGUGGGCAUCUGCAAGGACUCAGUGAGCAGAAAAGGCAAUCUCCCAAAGCCAGCUGGCGACCUCUUCUCACUUAUAGGCUUAAAAAUUGGAGAUGAUUAUAGUCUUUGGGUCUCAUCACCUUUAAAAGGUCAACAUAUCAGAGAGCCUGUGCACAAAAUUGGUGUUUUCUUGGACUAUGAAUCUGGACAUAUAGCAUUCUACAAUGUGAUGGACGAAUCCCUCAUCUACAGCUUCCCUUCAGCCUCUUUCCAAGAGGCUCUCAGGCCUAUCUUUUCCCCUUGCCUCCCAAAUGAAGGGACGAACACAGGCCCUCUUACCAUCUGCUCACUGAAUAGCCAUGUCUGA